CGGCACACGCUUCCAAGUUCCAGCGUUUUACUAUGGUGUAGUAGUUGUAUUCUGCUGUCAUACAGAACGCGCAAACCAAGUAGUACUACUUAGUGUACUACAAAUUCGAAACAGGCGGGAUAUCGUGAUUUCUCCACUAUCCUUUUCAAUUGUUCUGGUUUACGUACUGGGACUACGUUCUAUCCGUUACUCAGAUUUCCAACUGGUAACUGAUCUUCAGUAAUAUACUCAUAGUGUGCAGAAAAAAAUGCUAAUCUAAUAAUUCUGAACAAUAUUUGCUAAAAUGAUCGCCGUGAUCAGAUUGGGCCCUCAAUGUCGGCUAGUGAAUGAGUGCAAUUGAGUGAGAGUGGGUCGGCUGAAACCCCUCGUGUGAAAUGACGUUCAGUUGUGGCGGCGAAACAGCUGUAAAAAUGUGCAAAUAAGCAAUUUUGCAAAUUGAAGUAAAAGUUACAACUCGGUGACGUCAAACGGAAGUUCUUCAUUUAUCAUUCAUAAUUUGCGACCACGAGUUUCGGACAAGUGUUGAGAAUUGUUUGGGAGUUGAAAUAGUGAAUGAAGUUACAGACGGGUCGCCAGACAUAAUUACAAUCCAGAUUACGUCGAUUUAAGCAUAUAGUGAUGCGGGAAGUAGUGAAUUGAAUGCGCUUUGCCUAGUGUGUGAUGAUUACUACGAGUAAAGUGGACUUAUCGCCACAUAAAAUCAUAUCAACAAGAACAGUGAUCAAUUGCAGCACACAUAACGCGUGCUGAUUUCAACAUAAACUUGUAAAAAUACAUUGGCUUGCUGAGGCCAGCAUCUAGCCUCCUUCACCAUGUAUAAGUUACUCGGAGGGCUUAAGAACUAUUUCAAGUGGCAGGAUAUACAAACAGACAAUGCUGUAUUUCGCCUGCAUAAUAUAUUCACGACUGUUCUGCUGCUAACAUGCAGUUUGAUCAUCACAGCAACACAAUAUGUCGGACAACCAAUUAGUUGCAUUGUUAGCGGCAUUCCAACACAUGUGGUGAACACAUUCUGCUGGAUCUCCAGCACAUUCACAAUGCCGGAUGCGUUCAGGAGACAGGUUGGAAAGGAGGUAGCUCAUCCAGGUGUCCAUAAUGACUUUGACGAUGAAGACGCCAAGAAAUAUUACACGUACUACCAGUGGGUUUGUUUCGUGCUGUUCUUCCAGGCAAUCGCAUGCUACACCCCAAAAUAUCUCUGGGACAUGUUCGAAGGCGGCCUUCUUCGGACAAUCGUGAUGGGACUGAAUUUGGCAAUUUGCCCAGAAGAGGAGAAAUGCGCCAAGAAGAGCAAUCUUUUAGAUUAUCUACUCAAGCACAUUAAGCGCCAUAAAUUAUAUGCCAUUCGUUAUUGGGUCUGCGAAGCACUCUGCCUAGUCAACAUAAUCGUUCAACUCUAUUUGAUGAAUAAAUUCUUCGACGGAGAAUUCAUGUCCUAUGGAUUGCGAGUGAUGGGCCUCUCAGACGUGCCGCAGGACGAUCGAGUCGAUCCUAUGAUCUACAUCUUCCCAAGAGUCACCAAAUGUAUCUUCCACAAAUAUGGUGCGUCCGGAUCCAUACAGAAGCACGACUCCCUCUGUAUCCUGCCAUUGAAUAUUGUCAACGAGAAGACAUACGUUUUUAUCUGGUUCUGGUUCAUCAUUUUGGCGAUACUUUUGAUUGGAUUAUUGAUUUAUCGAGCAAUGAUCAUCUUCCUACCGAAAAUUCGUCCACGUGUCCUGAACGCUCGGAACCGCAUGGUGCCACGGGAAAUCUGCCAAGCAUUAUCCAACAAAUUGGAUAUCGGUGAUUGGUGGCUCAUUUAUAUGUUGGGUCAUAAUCUGGACCCUAUCAUUUACAAGGAUGUUCUCGCGGAGCUGGCGAAACAGGUGGAGCCUCGACGAACAAAAUCUGUAUCCUAAUGCCUACGCAAUUCUCAGAAUGUUCUGAAUAUUGUGGACUAGACUGUAGACGAAAACAACGAUGACAUCAGUAGUAACGUGUUGAAAUUAUUAACGAGAAUUACGAAUUUUUGCACGAGUGUCUACCCAUUCCAAGUUUAGGAUUUUAUGUUUUUUAUUAAAAAUGAAAAUCGUAGUUAGACAAUUAUUGUAAUAAAUUUGAAAACAAUUGGACAUUUUAAAUGAGAGAGUUCGGCUGCGACUCUGUGAUUGUAUAUGAUGAGGAGGACGAUGGUUACGAGUUUUGAUUGUUUAUAAUGAAAGGACUAUUUAGGCUGUUCUCCGUUCUCGCAAGGAACACCGAGCUUAGCAUUCCCUAUUUACAGAUAAAUCCUCAAGAACUGAAUUUACAUUUCAUUUUGAUAAUAAUUUUCAUUCAUUAUUAGUCUGAGAACUCUAUUCAUGAGAAUAGUUCAAUAGUUCAUAACGCAAUCUAAAUACUCCCUAGAAUAGAAUCUAGACCUCACCGAAAUGACGGAUAACAGUCUAAGUAAAUCCUCGACAAAGAAUAUUUAGCUCAUAUGAAAUAUUUAUAAGUGAAAGAGUCAAUUUCCGCCAUCACAACUCUGGCAAAAAUCGAUUUUUUCGCCGAAAUUCUGGAAAAUAAUUUAGAGAGGCUUUUUCUUACCGAAGAGCCCCCAUUGCAUGCUCUACAAUAUGCUACUGAUACUGCUACUACUUUUACAUCUACUCUAAUUAUAUAAUACUAAAAGACAGGAAAGAAUGAACCUCGUGGAUCCGCCAGGAGCCACUCUUCAAGAAAAAGUGUUAUUAGUUUUUACAAAUGAAUUAAAUUAAGCAACUUUUGUAGUUUCACUGUUCGACUAAGACAUUAUUUUAUGGUAGUGCUAAGAUGAAUGGAUUAUGAUCGAGAAAACAAAUCUUGGAUAUGAAAUUUUUAGUUUUCUUUUUAUCACGCUGAGCACGGGAGCGAGCUGUAAAAGGAAUCAAAACUGUGUUGCUGAUUUUGAGUCUCAAUUAAAUAAAUAUACAUAUAUAUUUUUAUACAUUGGA